GCUACGUCUCCUCUUCUUUUCAAGUGUAUAUACUUGGUACAUUAGAGCACUCCUCUUCGCUUUGUUGCCCUCACAAAUCAAUCUCGUUAUAUCCUUAGAUUCAAGAAACUGAUGGAAAAAAGGGACAUGUAUACAUGAAAUGAUCUGGACAUGGAUGUAUAUAGUAGGCCGGUAACCUCCAUCUAGACAUUCUAUUAUGACAUGAAUUAAGUGCAAAAAGAUGUCUUUGUAGGAUAAUAGGAUCGUAAAUAUGCGGACAUGUCUUUUCAUUCUUUACAUUCCUCGGGAUUUAUAUAGUGGUGGGAAGGUUGUUGAAAGUGCAAGAGCUCUCAAGGAAGAUUUACUUUUAGACUGCCUCUCCUCCGUUUCCGUUCUCUGCCUCUCUCCCUCUGUAGCGGGCACGCGAGUACUUGAAAAGCUAUCCUCUGCUAUCUAUUCCUCGACCACUGCUCUCAGCUGCCUCCUAUCUUUCCUCCCCUUGCGAUCGGAUCAUUUGGCGUACCAGCAAUUGUCUUUAUUGUUUUGGUGUGUUUCAGGUGGUGCCAAGGUAGGUUUUGUGUUUGUUUUUGUGAUCCCCUCCAGCAUAAAAGCGAAGGAGAACAAAAGAUCCAGAUCUUGCAUACUGGGAUCUUACGGACGACAACAAGAAGAGAAACCGAUUCAGGUGAUAUCAACAGGAGAUACUUCGACUAUGAACGACGACAUCUCCUGUGUUCCUCCGGGUUUCCGGUUCCACCCCACCGAUGAAGAACUGGUAGGCUACUACCUGAGAAAGAAAGUGGCUGCAAGAAAGAUCGAUUUGGACGUAAUAAAAGACGUCGAUUUAUACAAGAUCGAACCUUGGGAUCUUGAAGAGAUAUGUAAGAUCGGAGCAGAAGAGCAGACUGAGUGGCACUUCUUUAGCCACAAAGACAAGAAGUAUCCGACUGGAACUCGAACGAAUCGAGCAACAGCAGCUGGAUUCUGGAAAGCUACGGGAAGAGACAAGCCGAUCUACUCCGUGCGUCGCUUGAUCGGGAUGAGAAAGACCUUGGUCUAUUACAAGGGUCGAGCACCGAACGGGCAGAAGUCGGAUUGGAUCAUGCAUGAAUACCGGCUGGAGACGAACGAAGAUGGAACUCCACAGGCAAGCAUUUCCUUUUUGUGCUUCGCGAUCUCUCACGGCAAAGAUUUUAAGUUCCAGCAUACGUUACGUGCAUUUUCUUUGUGA